AUGUGUUCGCCGAGUCCGGGAAAACGUCGAAUGGAUACAGAUGUUAUUAAACUAAUUGAAAGUAAACACGAAGUUACAUUAAUGAGUGGUUUAAAUGAGUUUAUGGUUAAGUUUCCUGGACCACGAGAAACACCAUAUGAAGGUGGAGUAUGGAAUAUUCGUGUUGAUUUACCCGAUAAAUAUCCAUUUAAAUCUCCAUCUAUUGGAACAGUAUGUCUUGACGUCAUUAACCAGACAUGGACACCAAUGUAUGAUUUAGCAAAUAUAUUUGAAUCAUUUUUGCCACAAUUACUUGCCUAUCCGAAUCCAGUUGAUCCACUCAAUGGAGAUGCUGCCGCGCUUUAUUUACAUAAACCAGAUGAUUAUAAAAAGAAAGUGAAAGAAUAUGUUCAACGAUUUGCUUCAGCUGAUGUUCUUGAUGGCUAUUCUAAAAAAGAAUCAUCUUCAGAUUUAAAUGAUCCAGAUCGUGUCUCAGAUGAAGAAAUAUCAUUAUCAGAUUUCUCAGAAAAUGAAGCUGAUCAUAUGGAAAUAUCAUAA